AUGCAGACCUACAGGUACAGAGAAGACUUUGAUGACAUCGAAGAAAUAAGGAUGUUAAGUCAGCUAGAUGGUAUGAGGAAGCGACGAUUUCGUGUAAGACGAGAUCCUUUUCAGUAUUAUAAUGAAGAGGAAUUUAUUCAGCGCUACAGACUAUCUAAGGACAGCACCAGGGAGCUGCUUACAAAAAUCAGACAUCAUCUCCCAAUGUCACUGAGCCGUAGAGGCAUUCCAAUUCCUCCAGGUUUACAGCUACUGGUUGCCAUGAGAUACAUGGCUACAGGAAAAUUUCAAAUAACUCUGGGAGACUGUUCAGACAUGUCUCAACCAAGUGUUAGCAAAUGUGUCCGGAAUGUUUCUGCUGCUAUUGCCACUCUUGCACGAGAAUAUAUUAAAUUCCCCUCUCCCGAACGAGAAGAAGAGUUCAUGCAGGAAUUUGCCUCUAUUGCUGGAAUGCCAAGUGUGAUAGGCUGUGUAGAUGGGACUCACAUUCCAAUCAAGAGCCCUGGAGAGCCAAAUCCUGAACUAUACAGGUGUAGAAAGAAUUUCUUCUCCAUUAAUGUCAUGGCCGUAUGUGAUGCACACAUGAAAUUUACAAACCUUGUCGUAAACUGGCCGGGCAGUGCUCAUGACUCCCACAUAUUCACAUCGUCAAGACUUUGUGAAAGUCUGCAGGCCGGUGAUUAUAGAGGCUUUCUCCUUGGUGAUAGUGAAUAUGCGUUGCGUCCAUACUUACUCACUCCAAUCCAUAAUCCAACUAAUGAAAAGCAGAGGAAAUAUAACAGAUCUCAUAUUAAUACAAGAACUACAAUUGAAAGGACAUUUGGAGUGUGGAAGAGGAGAUUUGCUGUAUUGCAGCAUGUAAGAGCAAAGCGGUCUACUACCAAAAAUAUCAUAAUUGCAUGUGCAGUUCUCCAUAAUAUUGCUUUGAUUUCUGGAUUUCCACUGGACAUAGAAGACAUGCAUUUCGAAGACCCUGACGACCCUGAAAAAAUGGUCAAAUAUGGAAAUAAUGAAGGUCAAGCAAGGAGGGAGUAUAUAGUGGAGCAUUUUUUUUAGUUUAUAAAGUACAGUAAGAUUUAUUUCAUUACUUUGAUAAUCAUUAAGAAUUAAUACGGCUUUAGUUAGUUAGGUAACUACUACGUUCCAAACAUUACUUUAAGUAGUGAACGAUUCAUGUCAUUAAAUCUUAAUAAAACAGUGGUUUCUCAGACUGUACUUGUUCUAUAUUAUUUCUGUUUUAAUGCAUAGUCAUUCAUUCUUAAAUUAUGUUGCCUUAAAUUGUCUAAUUUCUACUUCAUUGAGGUCUUUAAUAAUGAAGCUUAACUCAAUAUGUAAGGUAAUUCACCUGUGAGGUAAUAUGAAGAAAACCAAAGGAAGAAAUAUAGAUUUAUUUUCUCAAAAUGUGGAAAAUUUAAGAAAAAAAAAUUCUAUACAUGACUCUGCAUUUCCUGAAAAUCACAGCUUAUAUUAUAGAUAUAUAAAAAAAAUCGUAGCUGCCAUACUUCUGACAGCUUUUGUAACCAAUGAAACUCUUUGGCAAAAUAAAUUAUUGUAGAUUUAUUUCCUUUAAAUCAAAUUAUUUUAAUGUGUAAAACAUAAGAAAAUAAAUUUAUAAUCUAGAUGCCAUUUUUUCAAGUGUCUUUUCAAUCACUAAUUACAGUUUCACAUUCUUUUUCUUUGAGUGUAUGUGCUGAUAU